CCUAAAAACAGUCAGACUGUAAAAUAGGCAACCGAACACCAAGCAGUCGAACAAUUCGAGUCGUAAAAUUGGAAAAGCGUCGGAAAAUGUUCCGAAUCGCUCGUGUUAUUUGGCUGCUGCAGUUGCUGCUGCUGUUGGAUCUCAAAUUUUCCAACGCCGAGCCGCACAACAAACAACUGACUGUAUUCGCGGAAGCUGGUCGACAGGAGUGCUUUUAUCAGCCGAUUGCCACCACCGAGAACAUUAAAAUCGACUAUCAGGUGAUACAUGGAGGUCUCGGCGAGACACACAUCAAUUUUAAUCUUAUGGAUCCAAGUCGUCGACUUCUGAUAGCAGAAACCAAAAGGCAAAUGGGGAAACACAGCAUUCAGGCUAACGAAACUGGUUCUUAUAAGUUUUGCUUCGAUAAUACCAUCAGCACUUUUAACCAAAAGAUAGUUUCGUUUACUCUUGAAGUAGCUCCGGCCGAUCGAGAAGAGCGGGAAUUGCGUGAUCUUCGCCAGGAAAUGUUAACCGACUACCACUUUGACGUGGCCUAUACUGGUAUCGAUAGUUACGUGGGCAAGAUCCAUGUGAACCUCAUGAGAUCGCGUCAAACUCAGGACUUCAUUCGAGCGAUAGAGGCCAGGGAUCGCAACGUGGCCGAAUCCACCUACUCCAUGGUCAACAAAUGGUCGUGGGCCCAAUUUUUGUCCAUGAUAUUUGUUGGCUUUCUACAGGUCUUGAUGGUCAGGAGUAUUUUUAAUACGACUGGAACGUUUUACAAGUUUUGGAAAAGUUUUUAAGCUUCAGCCCUGUAAGAUUGAAAGAGUCGUUGGGUAUAUUUAAAAUGAUUUAUCAGGGCUUGCAGACUGGAAAAUAAAUAUAAGUAUAGGC